AUGGUCCGGAUCGCGACAGACAAGACGGCAAUGCCUGCAGCCGAAGUCAAAAUGUUGGGCUAUCGGCAUGCAAACGCCUUCGACUGGGGCGCCGUCGCAAGAGCUGCAGGCGACGCUUCGGCUGUGGGAGCGUUGUAUGACGCUUGCCGGCAGACCAAGUGGCGCCGCUCGGUGCGGCGGCCACUUUCUUUUGCUGCCACUGCCCAGUCCGGCCAAGUGACUGGCCCCUUGGGCGAGGACCUGGCCACGGCCACGGUGAACCUCGUGGCGUCAGGCCAACAUGUUAACGUGAAUCGCUGGUCUGCCUGA